AUGACAUUCUCGAAUUCAUUCGGUAUACGGUGCGUCGGUAAUGCGGCCUUUUACGCCAGCAAGAACGAAUCCGCGUUUCUGGGCUGCUGUACCAUCGACCCCGACACCACCGACGACGGCCGCUGCCCAGAUGACAAGAUGCGGCCAGCGACGUUUGACCCGGCCGCAUACAGCGAGAUCAUGGCGCAAGAAUGCAUAGGAAACGAUGACACUAUCCUGUGGGGGCGCAUUACCGGCGAAGCCUUCAUCGAGGCCUUCCACAACGACAACAACAACAAUGAAGACAUCUGUGCAGGCGUCUGCGGCGACAAGUGCGACGAGUGCGACAUUGACGCCCUCCGCUUCGGCGACUGCCGCGAGCGGCGGCAGUGGCCAUCAAAGGAUCCAUCCAGCUACUGUUGCUGGAAUCGUGAUUGGAACUGUAGCCGCCAUCAUGGCCGUGGCAGUGACGAUAUUUUGGUGGAUGCGCCGCAGAUAUGA